AUGAGACCAGUCGUCAAGGCCCUCAACAUAAUGCAGGCAGAAGCAGACGUCCAUAUGGGAUGGCUGGUGCCCACCACAAGCCUUCUGAGUGUGAAACUUGACCGCCUACGGAUCUCUGCUAAGUUCUGCCAGCCACUGAUUGAUGCACUUCAAGGAGGAAUACAGCAGCGCUUUGGACCCAUGCUUGCUGACCCUGAACUCAUUGCAGCAGCGAUUCUUCUUCCAAAGUUCCGAACAUCCUGGACAAGCAAUGAUGACAUGCUGAAAAUGGGACUGGACUACAUCAAGACAAACCUGGAUCAAGAGCCAGUGCAACUCGUUCGGAACAACUCAAGCUCAUCAGAUGAGGAGGACUACUUCAGAGUCAUUAAGAGCAACAUUCAAGAGACUACCAGACAGCUAGAUGCAUAUUUGGCCAGCACAAGUGAUACCAUGGAUAUUCUCAAGUCAGUUCCGGCAGUGUUUAAUUUGUCUUUAAAAGUAAACACACCUUUGCCCGCCUCAGCAGCCUGCGAAAGACUCUUCAGUAUAGCAGGACAAAUUUUCUCACCCAAAAGAGCCAGGCUGGACUCUAAAAACUUUGAGAACCAACUUCUGCUUAAGCUGAACAAGAAAUUCUUGCCGUGAUGUUAAAAUGAGAAGUUAAUGUGGUGCUAUGAUUAGAGUAGGCUGACUGAAGCUGACCCCCACACUUUCUUCAAAUCAAUGUCAAAUGUUUUGUGCAGCAAAAUUUGAGUUUCUCCUGUUUUAUCUUUGAAAAUAUCAAUGGACGUUUAAAGGUAAUUUUGACUUCGUAAAUGGGGUAGGGGACUGGUUGACUUUUGGACCUUUAGACGCUCAUUAAUAUCUUCAAAGGUAAGCAAUACAAACAAACAAAAAUUCUGCAUAAACAGCACAAAUGUUUGACACCAAUUGUCUGAUUUGAAGAAUGUGGGGGGACCAAUUUCAUUCAGAUCAGGCGCACCCACAUACAGAGGCUACAGAACUUUAUGUGGCUGUUCCAAGUUGGACUCCUCUUCCUUGAUUGAAUGUCCUCAGCCCCUUUCUGUUAAGAGUUCUCUCAAAAUAGCUGGCAAAAAAGUUAAGUUCAUGUUUUGUUAGGACGAAAGACUAGAUGUUUCCAAAUCGCUUGAUGUUUGUUAGGUCAGUUUAAAGUCCCUUUUUUCAGGGAAACAAUUUUCUUUUGAACGUGUUUAUUUUGAAUUAAAUAAAACAUUUCAAAGGUAUAAUAAUUUCUCUCAUUUUGCCUAAUUACAUGUAACCCUGCAGGUCAUCCCUGGAAUUCUGAUGCAUAGAAUAAAAUAUCUAAAUCUAAACUGUCACAGGGGGUAAACACAAUAAAAACAUGCUUUAUCUGCAGCAUUGCUCAUUAAAAUGGUACAUUACUGAUUUAUUAAAACUAAAUACGAUAGGUACACUUAAUGACAUUAUAUAAGCCGUUAGGUAUUAUGGUCGGCAAGUACUUUUACUUUUAAUACUUAAGUAGUUUUAAAAGCUUGUACUUUCUUACUUUUACUUAAGUAAAAUAAUAAUGUGGUACUUUGACUUUUACUUGA